UUCAGCGUCCAUUAAACGAUUGAGGCACAGAAACCCCAAAAACGUUAAUUACUUGUUUGCGGUUCCCGUUGAAUCGAAAUCCAUUUAGAAUCAACACGAUGAAGUUGAGACUCAGAUCUUUGGAAUCCAAAGAAACCCUUAAAAUCGAAGUUCCCGAUUCAUGUUCUUUGCAGGAACUCAAAGACACCAUCCCUUGUGCAAUCUCUUCUUCUUCAUCUCUGCAUCUCUCCCUCAACAGGAAGGAUGAAAUCCACGCUUCCUCGCCGCACGAGUCCCUCCACUCCCUCGGCAUAGCCGGCGGCGACCUCAUAUUCUACUCUCUCAACCCCAACGCCUUCUGCUUCGAAACCCUUCUCCACAAACCCACCCCUCAAGAAGAAUCCAAUUCUCGCGACAUACCCACAAUUCAAGACUCGCCGAAGAUCGUUUCCGGCGAUGCUCCUUCUAUUCCCGCCGCCGAAAAGUCUCCGACUCUGGGCGCUGCGGAAGCGGAAACCUCGGAUAUGAUUGAUGGGUCUGAAUCUGAUCACGAGGCGGUGUUGGGGGGGAGCAAUUCCGAGCCUUCGUUUGUGAAAAGGGUUCUAAGAGAAGCUCUCGGAAAUGAAGUCAGCGAUUUCAAGCUGCUAGUCUUCGCUGUUCACGCUGUUAUUCUGGAAUCUGGGUUUGUUCGUGUGGAUCACGUUUCGGGUAUGGCGGUUAGUUGCUCUCAUCUUCUUGAAGAUUGGCCUUCAAACUCGUCUUCAAUGUUAUCUUUGUGGUAUACUCUGCCUGAGAUCAUGACUAAUGGUGCUUCUCAUAGCGUGAAUUUGAAAUUUCAGACAUUAGGGCAUCUUGUGAAUGUUUGUGGUUCACUGUCUGAUGAUUCCGGUUCGAGGUUGCAUAUGGUUUUUUUGGAUAAAUGUAAAUUUGCUAGACCUUUAGAGUUGAUGCUGGCUAAUUCUGAAUCUAAGGAUAGUUUUGAUGACGAGGGAAAUGGAGUUUUUGAACUGUGGAAAAUGGUGAAGGAUAGGCUUGCAUUGCCACUGUUAAUUGAUCUUUGUGAGAAAGCUGGGUUGGAUCUUCCACCUUGUUUUAUGCGCCUACCCAUGGAGCUUAAGCUCGUGAUUUUGGAGUGUCUUCCCGGUGUUGAUCUGGCUAAAGUAGCUUGCACUUGCUCAGAGUUGCAAUAUUUGUCCUCCAGCAAUGAGUUGUGGAAGAAGAAGUUUGAGGAAGAGUUUGGAAUAGGAAGGAAUCGAGGAAGGUUUUUUAAGGAUUUGUUUGCUAUUUAUUGGGAAACAAAGAAGAAGUCAGAGAAAGGGCUUCCACUUCGAUCUUUUAGGCAUGGUAGUACAAGAUACACCCCAAGGAGACACCCCAACCCUCUUGGAUUCCCUCCAAUUUGGGGUGGAGAGUAUGAUUUGCAGCCUGUUUUUGGUGUAACACCCCUCGGAUACCCACCAAGGAGGUCUUUCAUUCCCCGGUGUCAUCUGAGAGAAUUUAAUCAGUGAUCUGCGUGCUUAAUUACCCUCAUCAACCACGUGUUGUGCUGGGACUAAAUCCUUGGUAUAUUUCUUCUAAUUUAUUCUUCUAUGUGUGGGAAAAGAUGUUGCUUGGGUGAAUACAUCACAAAUGGAUGGCUGUGAAUAAUGCUUGUGGGUUAUAGCUUUUUAUUUGGGUUAGUGUUCAGAAUUAUUUGGCAAUUUGAUUUGUUUAGUCUUUUGAUUAUACGUUUUGAAUAGGAUCCGAAUAGUUGUUAUUUGUUCGCAUAGUUGUUAUUCAAUCUUUGUGCACGGUCUUUGGUUCCUGUCUCUGCCUAAGUGAACCAAAUUCUGUUUCGGCGUAUAUGAAACUGUUUCAGAAUAACGCAGGGAAGCAAUUUUUUUAUUUGGGGUACAUACUAACCAGGCUAAGAUAUAUCCUAUACUAUCAUUAUUGAUAUGAACGGAUUUGGAUCUUAUUGCGUUAUUCACUAAUAUGGCAACACAAUAAUGUCAUCUUAUCACUCGAGAGACGAAGAUAUUUAGGCAAAUUGAAUGGUCUUUACCCAAACAAUUACGGGUCUGUAAUGCUUUUAAUACUUUUUUGUAUAACAUUACCUUGUCAUACUGGUAACAUGACAGAAUCUAAUCCACUAUCAAGUUUGCCUACCUUUAGAGCGUUUAUGGUUGUGCCAGUGGUAUGGUAGCAUGUGAAACUUUCUUACGCGUCUGGGUGCAUCUUUGAUGUGUGUUACGGCUAUUGAGAGAAAGAAAUUGUGCUGAGGCUCAGUUAUCAUGUUUUGAUAGACGGUGAAACCAUUUUUUAGAAUUAAAAAUCAUAGUUCAUAAGAUGGUCUGCUAGCUGUAUAGAUAGUAAAUCGAUGGAACGUUGAGUCUACGAAUUGCAUAAUUAUUUUGUAUCUUGUUUUUAAUUUGCGCUACUGCUUGGCGUUGCCUAUAAAUGUUUCACUGGCUAAUCCAAUGAAUAACAGUUCUUGGAAUUUCUUCCAA